GAGCCAGUCGCCAUUGUAGGCAGUGGCUGUCGUUUCCCUGGCGGUUCCACUUCACCCUCAUGCUUGUGGCAGCUUCUCGAGAACCCGCGUGACAUACGCAAGGAGAUCCCCCUGGAUCGAUUUAACAUCCAAGGAUACUAUCAUCCGGAUGCCGCCCAUCACGGCACUACGAAUGUCCGCUAUGCAUACCUGCUCGACGAGGAUGUGCGUGCUUUCGAUGCCGGCUUCUUCAACAUCAACCGCAAGGAGGCAGACUCGAUCGACCCACAGCAGCGCAUGCUCAUGGAGACCGUCUACGAGGCCCUCGACUCGGGCGGCCACACUAUCGAGAAACUGCGCGGCAGUGACACGGCUGUUUAUGUCGGUGUCAUGGGCCUUGAUUACGAGGGCAUCCUGAUGCGGGAUGUGGACGAUAUACCCACGUACACUGCCACUGGCAUCUCGCGGGCUAUCCUUUCUAAUCGUAUUUCUUACUUUUUCGAUUGGCACGGCCCGAGCCUGACCAUUGACACCGCUUGUUCGUCCAGCUUAAUUGCUGUCCACCAGGGUGUUCAGGCUCUUCGUACUGGCGAGUCCCGACUAGCCGUGGCAUGUGGAACGACUGCAAUUCUAGGGCCAGACCCGUUUAUGACGGAGAAUAGGUUGAACAUGCUGUCUCCCGAUGGCCGCUCCCGCAUGUGGGAUGCCGACGCCAACGGGUACGCGCGUGGCGAGGGCGUUGCCGUCGUGAUCUUGAAGCGGCUUAGCGAUGCCAUUGCUGAUGGCGAUCGCAUCGAGUGUCUGAUCCGUGAGACGGGAAGCAACCAGGACGGACACUCGACAGGCCUGACGGUCCCGAGCUCGGAAGCGCAGACGGCACUGAUACAACAAACGUACGCCAAGGCUGGGCUGGAUCCUCGCAAUGUCAACGACCGCCCUCAGUUCUUUGAGGCCCAUGGGACGGGAACGCGAGCCGGAGACCCUCGUGAGGCUGAAGCGAUCCAGCGAUGCUUUGGUCCAGCUGCAGACACAGGAAGAAGUAUAUCUUUCACUCCUAAUGAGACUAAUAUCGACAAUGAACAUCCUCUCUACGUGGGAUCUAUCAAAACCGUCAUUGGUCACACUGAGGGUGCUGCAGGACUUGCCGGUCUGAUCAAAGGGUCUCUUGCCAUCCAACACGGCUUGAUUCCUGCCAAUUUGCUGUUCGGUAGCCUAAAUCCUGACAUCGAGCCUUUCUAUCACGGCCUCCACGUUCCGACUAGCACCCAGGCUUGGCCUGCAUUGGCUGAUGGUGUCCCUCGACGGGUCAGUGUCAAUAGCUUUGGCUUCGGUGGUGCCAACGCUCAUGCCAUCCUGGAAAGCUAUCAGCCUUCAACGGCUAGAAUCAGCAAGUCUCUACGCCUUGAGGAACCAAUCACCGCCCCUUUCACCCCGUUUACCUUUUCUGCAGCAUCAGAAGGCAGUCUCUUCCAGCUACUGGAAUCAUACUCGGACUAUCUCAAGGCGCACCCAGACAUCAACCUCGGCGACCUCGCCUGGACUUUGCAGACAUGCAAGUCAGCUCUCAAUGUCAAGAUGACCUUCGCAGCCAGGAGUGUCGAGAAGCUCGUCUCCAAACUGGACGACGUGGUCCUGAAGAUGAAGGAUAACGACAAGAACAUCCACAGUUUCCGCUCCCCUCCCAAGACACCUCGCAUCCUCGGAGUGUUCACCGGCCAAGGCGCGCAAUGGGCAGGCAUGGGAGGCUGUCUGAUCCGCUCAUCAGCCUUUGUCCGCGCCAAACUCCAAGACCUCGAGGAGUCGCUCACCAACCUACCUGUGGCGGAUCGUCCUACAUGGCGCCUGCAAGACGAGAUUCUGGCCGGCCAAGAGACCUCGCGGAUCGGCAAGGCUGAACUGUCACAGCCACUCUGCACAGCCGUACAGCUGGUGCUUGUUGACCUCCUACGAGAGGCUGGAAUUACUUUUGAGGCGGUCGUGGGCCAUUCUUCUGGUGAGAUUGCGGCUGCGUACGCUGCAGGGUUCAUCACGGCCCACGAUGCUAUCCGCAUUGCCUAUUACCGAGGCAUGCACGCCCACCGUGCAGAGGAUCCCCAAGGCUCUGGGCAGAAAGGCGCCAUGCUGGCCGUGGGGACCUCGCUUGAGGAUGCGCGCGACCUGGUUGAGCUUCCUGCUUUCAGGGGACGUAUCACUGUUGCGGCGCAUAACUCGUCUGCUAGUGUUACGCUUUCCGGCAAUGUCGACGCUGUUAUUCAUGCCAAGAAAGUGUUUGACGAAGAGAAGAAGUUCGCAAGAAUGCUCAAAGUCGAUACAGCAUACCAUUCUCAUCAUAUGAUCCCUUGUGGAGACGCCUACAUCAAGUCACUCCAGGCCUGCAACAUUCAACUGUUGAAUCGAGAAGGACCCGGAUCGUGCGCCUGGUAUUCCAGCGUAGUCCCAGGAAACGACCCAAUGCAAACCACAGAAUCUCUAAAGGACGUGUAUUGGAGAGACAACAUGAUCCAACCAGUUCUAUUUGCAGAUGCCAUCAAGACGGCCGCUUCCGAGAAGAUCAAUUUCGCACUCGAGGUCGGUCCUCAUCCUGCUUUACGAGGUCCGGCGAGCCAGAACAUCAUGGAAGUCCGGCAGCCAGUUGCCUACAGCGGCGUCCUGGGCCGUGACACCAAUGACAUCGAGGCCUUUGCAGAUGCGUUGGGUUUUGUAUGGGCGCAGCUUGGAUCCGGAUCUGUCGAUUUCCGGGCCUACGAAGACCUCAUGUCCGACGGCCCACCUCCCAAAUAUGUCGCCGGGCUUCCCAUGUACCCGUGGAACCACGAGCAGAAGCACUGGCAUGAAUCUCGUCAGUCCAAAGCGAUACGAUGUAGGUCUGAGCCCUUCCACAGCCUCCUCGGCAUCGCAACCGCAGACACGACCAACAAUGACCGGCGUUGGAAGAACCUCUUGAAGGCAUCUGAAGUUCCUUGGCUGGACGGACAUAGGCUGGAAGGUCAGAUGAUUUUCCCCGCUGCAGGGUAUAUUGCCAUGGCUCUGGAGGCCGCCAGAAGCCUGGCUGGGGAUAGAGAUGUCAAGCUCUUUGAGAUUCGUGACCUUGUGAUUAGCAAGGCCGUGUCUUUCGAGGACGACGCCAACUUCAGUGUCGAGACUCUUGUCACGCUGUCCACAGUCACUACAGCCGCGGGAAAACAACAAGAGCAGAGCCAGACUGCGAACUUCUCCUGUCACGCAGGCGCCCGAAAUGGGCCUUCGCAUUUGGACCUCGUGGCGACUGGCUCGGUGCUGAUCGUGUACAACACUCCGUCUCCCGCUAUCCUGACCUCGACACCGCUGGAAACAUCCACAAUGAACAGCAUCGACACGGAGGACUUUUAUUCCUCCAUUCACAAGAUCGGCUACGAUUAUACUGGACCUUUUAGAGCCAUGUCAGAGAUCAGACGCAAGCUGGACCAGGCAUCGGCUCUCGUGUCGACUUACACAGGCCUCCCGGCCGAGAACGAUAAUCAUGACGAUGUUCAUGUGCGCGAGCUUCUGGUACACCCUUCGUGGCUCGACGUGGCCAUCCAAAGCGUCCUCGCAGCCGGCGCCCACCCUGAAGACGAAAGUUUCAGGACCUUGUCGGUGCCCACGCUGAUCGGACGCAUCCGUGUGAACCCAGCGCUAUGUGCUGCUUUGCCCAAUUCGCCGACCUUGUUACCCGUUUGUGCCAGUAUACACAGAGAACAACAGAACAACGGGGGCAGUCAAGGUUUCAGUGCCAGCAUCGACGUCUUCAGCCAAGAUGGUCAGCAGACGCUUAUACAGGCCGAGGACCUGACCAUGAAGCCUUUAUACUCGGCCACCUCCAAGGACGAUCGCUGCCCAUUCACGUAUGUUAAAUGGGAUGUUGAAUGGCCCGAUGCCACGUCUAUUACGAUCAAUGAACAACCAAAUGCGGUGGACAAGGAGAUUGCAGUUCUCUGCGAAAGGAUGUCGUGGUUUUACCUUCGAAAGUGGAAUGCAGAAAUUCUCGCCGAGGAAUGGGCCAGAGGGCAAGCGCAGCAUCAUCGUCUCCGGGCUUACAUGGACCACGCUCUGGCAGCCAUAGCCCGUGGAGAACAUCCUGUGCUGAAGGAAGAAUGGGCCCAUGAUACCUUUGAGGAUCUUGAGCCCUUGAUUCAAAGGCAUAUGGAUUCUGUCGAUGUGAGAGUCAUUAAGGCGACUGGAGAGAACCUUCGAGCCGUGAUAAGGGGGGAAACGACCAUGGUGGAGCACCUGAAUGACAUGAGAACCGAGUUGUAUAUUACCGGACUUGGGUUCGGUAAAUAUAGUGAGUAUGCGGCUGCCAUGGUGAAACAGCUCGUACAUCGAUAUCCGCAAGCCAAAAUACUCGAACUUGGUGCUGGAAGCGGUGGCACUACCAGAGAGGUCUUGCAAGCCAUUGGCGACGCUUUCGCAUCCUACACUUUUACCGAUAUAUCGGAUGGCUUCCUAGACGACUUCGAGAAGACCAAGGACGCAUUCAAAUCCCAGAGCCACAAGAUGUCAUUCAAGUUCCUGGACAUCGAAAAGUCGCCUGCCACCCAAGGUUUCGAACACCACUCCUACGACAUUGUCAUCGCCGCCAACAUUGUGCACGCCACCUCGUCCUGCCAGCGAUCUCUGGAGAAUGCACGAAAACUCCUGAAGCCAGGAGGUUACCUUAUACUGGUCGAGAUCACACAACCCACGGUACUGCGAACUACCAACAUGGCCGCCGGUCUCCCAGGGUGGUGGAACGCAAAGGAUGGUCGUGAGAACGGCCCGCUGGUCACGCCUGGUGCGUGGCAUAAUAUCCUGCGCAAAGCUGGAUUUUCUGGUGCUGAUGCCCUCACGCCGCCCAUCGACAACCUAACCUGGCCGUUCUCUGUCAUUGUUUCGCAGGCUGUGAACGAUCAGGUCGACUUUCUAAGACGACCCCUGACAGCGCCCUCGCCCCAGCACUUGCACUUUGAGGAAAUUGUUAUCCUCGGAACCGGGUCUGUCGAGACCUCGAUGAUUGCAGAGGAGGCGGCAGAGUUCCUGAGGCGCUUCUGUAACAAGGUGACCAUUCUCGACGGCCUACCUACCGAGUCAGACGCCCUCUCUCCGAUGAACACUCUAAUUAGUCUUGUCGACCUUGACGAGCCCGUGUUCAAGAACCUGACCCAGCGGAGAUGGGACGGCCUCAAACGUGUCUACGAGGCCGCCAAAAACCUCGUAUGGGUUACUCGUGGUGCCCACGAUGCAGAGCCAUACCACAUGGCCAGCAUUGGUGUUGGGCGUGCCCUGCGCCCCGAGAUACCAUAUCUGGCCCUUACUUUCCUCGACCUUGUAGGCUCGAGCCAGAAUGCCUCCAAGGUCAUUGCAGAGUGUAUGCUCCGCCAAUGUGCCUUGGAUUCGUUGCCGGCAUCGGCCUCGGGUCUGCUCUGGUCUGUCGAGCCAGAGUAUGUUGUGGAAAACGGGCAUCUGAUGGUUCCUCGCCUAGUGGCCAACCACGACCAGAAUGACAGGUUCAACGCUCAAGUGCGGCCCGUCACCAAGACCGUGUCACCGUCUCGCUCUGCCAUCUGCAUCUCCGAGUCUGGUGAAUGGCCACCUGCCUUGCAAGAAGACAUCCUUCCUCCAGUGCGAGGCUGCCAAGGCGUUGUUCAAAUGGAGCAGUCCAUUUUGGUUGCACUCAACGUCUCUCUCAACGAAGUCUUCUUGUACCCAAUCAUUGGGAUGGACGAGACCACAGGGACUCGAGUGCUUGCUCUGUCCAGCAACAUAGCUUCUCGGGUCGUACCGGUUGCGGCCGUACCUAUCGAGCAUCACAGCUCGAAGUCUUCCGGCAGCAUCUUGUUGCCAGUCACUGCUGAACUCCUGGCGGCAUCUCUCCUUGCUACGUUGCCCUCGAACAGCAGUCUCCUGGUUCAUGAGCCAUCCACAAUUCCAUUCUUGGCCAACGCAUUGACAAGACAAGCAACAGAAAAAGCCGUCCACGUCCAAUUCAGUACCUCAUCGACAGGAAACGGAGCAAACGACAACCUGCAUUGCAUAGAGAUAGAUGCAUGGACACCUAAGCAUCUCCUACAGAAGAAACUCCCUACCCGAGUAACGCAUUUUCUGGAUCUCACCACCAACGCUGAAUUCAACGCCGUCAGUCUCAGCCUGGGCCGCGCCCUGCCGUCAUCCUGCAGUUUGGUUGUACCACUGGCUCAAAUCAGCCAAAUCAAAGAACCCAUGACCAUAAUCGACUGGAGGGCCAGCCAACAUGUGACUCUGCAAAUCACACCGAUCGAUGCCAGGCGGCUCUUCUCCAGGCAUAAGACAUAUAUCCUUGUGGGACUGACGGGACAGAUUGGACAGUCCCUGUGCGAAUGGAUGGCGCGGAACGGUGCAGGAUGUAUCUGCUUGACGAGUCGUCGUCCCAACGUGAGCGAGCAGUGGCUGGAGUCAUUCAAAGCACUCGGCACUGUCGUCAAAAUCCUGACCAUGGACGUCACAAAUCGACAGGCAGUACAAAGAUGCAUAGACGAGAUCAGAGCCACCUGCCCACCCAUCGCAGGUGUAGCGAACGGAGCCAUGGUCCUCAGCGACGUCCUCCUCGCCGACAUGUCCCUAGAUCAGAUGCAACAGGUCCUCCAGCCCAAGAUUGAUGGAAGCAACCACCUCGCCGACAUCUUCAGCGACAACAACGACGACAGCAACCGCCUCGACUUCUUCGUCAUGUUCUCGUCCCUCUCUGCCGUGAUCGGUAACCCGGGCCAGUCCAACUACGCCGCGGCCAAUGUAUACAUGCAGAGCCUGGCCAGACAGAGACGCAAGCGCGGCCUGGCUGCGUCGACCUUUGACAUUGGCCGCGUGGUGGGCAUCGGCUAUGUCGAGCGCGCCGACCCAAUCGUCAAGGAGCAGCUGGUCAGGCAAAAGUACCUGCCCAUAUCGGAGAGCGAUUUCCAUCAUUUCUUUGCCGAGACAAUCCUGGCGAGCAGGCCGGAUGUGGAUGCCCUGUCUCCUGUGCUUACGACAGCUGUGUUCUCUGCUAUUGUUGACGAGUAUAGACCUCGGUGGGCUGAGGAUCCUCGGUUUUCACACUGCAUUCGAAAUAGUUCGCAGAGCGUGCAGACACAACAGGAUGAUAAGAGCAAUAACCUCCCGGUCUUCGAGCAGCUUGAGAGCGCCAAGAACAUGGAGGAAGCAUUAGGAAUCCUAAAAGCGGCAAUCGUCAACAAGCUGAGGAUCAUACUUCAAAUCACAGACCGCGAUAUUGACGAAAACGAUCCCCUGAUAGAUCACGGGAUCGACUCCUUGGUCGCCGUCGAGGUGCGGUCCUGGUUCGUCAAGGAACUAAAAGUCGACCUGCCAGUCCUCAAGAUCCUAGGAGGCGCAUCCAUCUCCGACCUCAGCGAAUACGCCUUGGAAAAUCUCCCCGAGGCGGUUCUAGCGAACCUGGGCAAAGAAGGCAACGCACAACCUUCAGUCGAGAAACCCCUCCUUCCGACCGCCACCGCUCCCGCCGCGGUGUCAUCCAAGUCAGGCGACGAGACGCCCGAUUCCACAAAUGAGUCUUCCGAGUCCACAUCUGAGAGGUUGCCGUCUGAGAAUAUUUCAACGGACAUCUCCUCCGCAGCCUCGUCUUCCCUGCUCGAUAUCUCUGAGACGAAAGCUGUGCAGCCUCCGCUCAGGUUCUUGAAGAGCGAGCCAGUGUCCUUUGCGCAGUCUCGGUUCUGGUUCCUCAGAAUGUUGAUCCAGGACCAGACGACUUUCACUGUGGGCUUGUGCUACAAGGUAACUGGAAAUCUGCGCGUCGGUGAUCUGGAGAGGGCUGUUGCCUCUGUUGGCUCUAGACACGAGACACUCCGUACGGCCUUUGUCGGCAGCGAGACGGAGAGAGACGUAGCCUAUCAAAAGAUCAUGGAAUCUUCCAGGUUGAGGUUGGAGCACGUCAAGAUCAACAGUGUGGAAGAUGUCGCUGCCGAAUAUGCAAAGAUCAAGGUGCACGAGUUCGCCAUUGAGCGCGGCGAAGUCAUGCGCAUGAUGCUGAUGUCGCUCGACCCAUCAACACAUUAUCUCCUCAUGAGUUACCACCACAUCAUCCUAGACGGAAUCAGCGUCACCAUUUUCCUGCAGGAUCUGGAAAAGGCAUACAAGCACAUGACGCUCGGUCCCCCGCCGACUCAAAUCACGACCCUAUCCAAAGCACAGCACGAAGCCUACAAGUCUGGUAACAUGAAUGAAGCCCUGGGAUACUGGCGCGGUGUCUUUUCAGACGAACCACCAGUCCUACCACUGCUUCCCAUGGCCAAGGUCGCAUCCCGGAUGCCUAUGGACGGGUACAACACGAGCCAGGUCCAUCUUCGUCUCGAUGCCGACCUGGCUGCCCGUGUGAGAAAGGCAUCUAAGGCUCAGCGAUGCACUCCCUUCCAUCUGUACCUGGCUGUCUUCAAAUGCAUGCUCUUCAAGUUCACUGAGGCGCAGGACCUGACAGUGGGCAUUGCCGACGCCGGCCGUGGUAGCGAUGCCAUGGGCACGAUCGGUCUGCUCCUCAACCUGCUUCCGUUGCGAUUUCGCCGAAAACGGACUGGAUCGGGGCAACAGCGGUUCUCUGAAGCAGUCACCGAGGCGCGCGACACGUCCUAUGCAGCGCUUGCUUCAAGUGUGCCAUUCGACGUUCUACUGAAGGAACUCAAUGUACCCCGGUCUUCUCAGUACAGCCCCUUUUUCCAGGCCUUCUUCGAUUAUCGGCAAGGCACGACAGACAAGCAUGCUUUCGAUACCUGCCAGUUCGAAAUGCAAGACGCCUCCCUUGGGCGGACUGCGUACGACAUUACGUUGGAUAUCAACGAGAGCUCUGCAGGCACCAUCCUUGCCAUCAGGACGCAGACGAGGUUGUAUGAUCAAGCCGCUACGGACCUAUUGUUGAAUACUUACAUUGGGCUCCUUGACAUGCUCUCUGGAAACGUCUCUCAGCCGUGGGAGAGUGUUCCUCUUUUCGGAGCCAAACAACUGACACGCGCAGUCGAAUUGGGACGGGGUCCGAAUUUGGUGUCUGACUGGCCCGAAACUCUCCCUCAUCGCAUUGACGAGAUCACUGAAGUCAAUAGAAGCAAAACAGCCAUCAUGGACGGCUAUGGGAAUUCUCUGACAUACCUAGACCUGAGCCAGCGCAACGAAGCCAUUGCAGAGGCACUAAUCCAGGCCGGUAUGGGCAGUGGCUCCAGGGUUCUUGUCUUCCAGAAAGCCGCUGCGGACUGGGUGUGCUCCAUGCUCGCAAUCAUGCGCAUUGGGGGCAUCUAUGUCCCUUUAGAUCUACGCAGCCCUCUGCCACGGCUAGCACGCAUCGCCCAAAACUGCCAGCCCAGUGGCAUCCUGGUGGACGCUACCACAGCUGACGACGCGACACAGCUAGGUGUCCCUGCUGCUCAGAUCAUAGACGUCGGUAACAUAGCCACGAAGCCGAUGGCACGCGUGCCAAACUGUGCACGAGGCAAUUCCACAGCGGCUAUCCUGUCCACGAGCGGCUCGACAGCAACGCCCAAGGGUAUACUCGUCAAGCACUCUGGUCUGCGGAAUGAGAUUGAAGGGUACACAAAAACCUGGAAACUUGGCGCCGUGCGGGUUCUGCAGCAGAGUGCUUUUAGCUUCAACCAUUCUUCUGACCAGAUGUACACGGGCUUGGUGAAUGGCGGCAUGGUAUACAUCGUACCAUGGAGUAAGCGAGGCGACCCAAUUGAGAUCACCAAUAUUAUGAAGCAGCACAAUAUUACAUACACCAAAGCGACGCCGUCCGAAUAUUCGCUUUGGCUGCAGUACGGCGUCCAGAACCUCCGGCAGUGUUCCAGCUGGCGGUUCGCCUUUGGCGGAGGCGAGACGCUGACACAUACUGUCCUGCGCGACGUUCAGGCCCUCGAGCUCCCACAGCUCCGACUAUUCAACUCGUACGGCCCGACUGAGAUCUCGAUCUCCUCGCACAAGAUGGAGGUCAACUACCGUAGUCAAACGCCAGAGGGGAGAAUUGCCUGUGGAUACUCAUUGCCAAAUUAUGUAACUUACAUUCUGGACGAGCAGCUCAGGCCUCUUCCGCCUGGUGUACCAGGAGAAGUCUUCAUCGGCGGUGCAGGCGUUGCCGAGGGCUAUCUCAAUGAAGACGACCUCAACACCAAAGCAUUCAUUCCUGACCUGUACGCCGAGCGGCAUCCUGGAUACGCAACUAAUGGCUGGACGCGCAUGUACCGGACGGGGGAUAUCGGUCAUCUUACCGAGGACGGCGCCCUGGUCUUCCACAACCGCGUGGCAGGGAGCACGCAAGUCAAAAUUCGAGGCCUCCGCAUAGAUCUCAGCGAUAUCGAGAGCAACAUCCUCUCAGCAAGCCGUGGCAAGCUGAAAGAAGCAGCGGUGACGCUUCGCGAGGACGAUGUUCUGGUUGCACACGUCGUGUUUGCAACAUCAGGCGAGCGUUCCGAUACAGGUAGGGAGGAAUUCUUGCACAACUUGCUCAUCCGGCUCCCACUCCCCCAAUACAUGAUCCCCGUGGUGGCAAUCCCUCUCGAACCCAUCCAGGAGCUACCACUCCCACAGCGGAUGGGAAGCCUCGAGGGUAACGACGAGUUCGAGCUCACUGAGACCAUGACCCAGCUCAGACAGGUGUGGGAAGAUAUUCUGGGAGAUCGGUCUAAAUUCAUCAUCACACCGACGACCAGCUUCUUCGCCGUUGGUGGCAACUCCCUCUUGAUUGUACGCCUACAAUCCCGCAUCCGCGACUCGUUCCGGGUGGCGAUCAACCUUAUAGACCUUCUCGGGGCCAACACAUUGGGCGAGAUGGCACGUCAGAUCGAGGAGAGCAGUGCUGUCGAAACCAUUGACUGGGAUAAGGAAACGGCACUUCCUGACCUGGAUGCUCCACAGCAAAUCGGCGUCCAUGGAUACGUCGCCCAGUCCAUUCGUAGCCAACAGAAGACUGUGCUGGUCACCGGUGCCACGGGCUUUCUCGCAACACACGUCCUGCCGCAACUCACUGCAGAUUCCAGCGUGAGCAAGAUCUACUGCAUCGCCGUGCGAGACACCUCGAAGCUCGCCGCCACAGGGUCCAAAGUCGUCUCUUAUAACGGCGACCUCACGCUGCCCCGACUGGGCCUUUCAGAGCCAACUUUCACAGCCCUAUCCAACGAGGUGGAUGUGAUACUUCAUAUGGGCGCUGCGCGGUCGUUCUGGGAUAACUACCACACACUGCGGCCGACUAACACGAGCGCGACGAGGGAGCUCGUGCGACUAGCGGCUGCGCGGCGCAUACCGAUCCACUUCACAUCGUCGGCCGGCGUGCUGGCACAGGCGCAAGGCAAUAUUCCUUGUAAUGCUACUCCAGCCUCGGCAGCAGGCAAUAUUCCUCCCACUGACGGCUCAAACGGGUACGUAGCGAGCAAAUGGGCCAGCGAGAGGAUCCUCGAGCGCGCGGCUGAGGCGUGGGGCUUGCCUGUUUUGAUCCACCGGUUCACGCCA